AUGGAGUCGAAAUACGAAGGGUCGAGCGUGAUUUUGAAAUUGAUGGGACUUGAUAAAGUGGCUUCCCGAUAUGAAACUGUUAGAGAUAGACCGAAAGUUUUGUCGGAGGAUUAUUUGCAGAAAGUUGCUUCAAUUGGUGUCAGGAAGAAGCGUUUGUCUUGUCAGCGUGGUUCUUUAGAAAUGAGUACUGAUGAAAAGGACGGUUCUGACGAUGUUAUGGUGGUGGUUGAAACAUUAGUAAGGAGAGAAAAGAAUCAUAACUCGUCGAAAGGAAAUGGAAAAGAGAAUUUAUUGCUGUUUCGAACUAAGGUAGAAGAUGUGGUGCCACAGAAAACGAGUGUGAAAUCUGAGCAGGGAAAUUUGCUGCCUCGACAGAAAAUGUAUAAUUUGUCGCGAAGUGUUGUCCAUGGAAAAGAUGGAUUGCGUGAAGCAUUUCGGUUUUCGAAAUUUCAAUUGGAUCGGAAGGAUUUAACUUUUGACUCGAGAAUUUCUGUUUCGAAAGCAAAUCCUGAAAAGGAAGGAAAUGGUAAGAUUAAAAGCAACAUUAGAUCUAAGGUUGGGUUUGGUUAUAGCUUUUCCAGAAAAGUGCCAAUGACAAAACGUCUUGCUGAUGAUUCUGGAACUGUGACUAAGGAUGACUUGUUUCAGAAAUAUUGGGGUUUAAGUAAGAAUGUAUCCGCAAAUCGAUCAACCGAGAAGUCAGAAGAUAUGAACUUAAAGUUGAAGAAGAGAUGUUAUGGAAAUGAUUUGUUCGAAAAGGAGCCAAUGAUUUCUCAAUUGUCAAGCUCUGAUCCUUUUCCUGGUUUCGUAGACAAUCAAAUCUCGCAGCAGACAUGCUUAAUGAACGAAGAUGUGAAGAACAAUGAAGACAGUAACAUGUCUAAGAAAAUUGCCUUCUCUCUUGAUUCAUCAGUGGAUUUCUCACUGUCAGAUGUGAAGACUAAGGUUGUUGGUUGGUCUGAUAAUAAUCCAUCCAUGAAGCAAUCUGAAUCAAUGGCAUCUGUAACGAUGCACGGAGACCGUGAUUAUUUAAGUCAUGCUUCAAAGCAACAGGAGAUAUUGGAAUUUCACGAAGACUUUGUGUAUUCGCUUACCACCGGGGCUGAUGCAGAUCAUGUCGGUAACUUCCAUGAGGGAUAUGAACCUAGUCCAAUUUCAGUUUUGGAUUCGACAUUUAGCGAAGACAUUUCAGUUAUAUCUGAAUGCAGUGUUGCUGGUGUAUGUGAUUCCUCUGAAGCGGAUGAUGAAGAACUUGAUUUGAAUGUUUCAAGCGAUGAAGAUUGCGGCAUAGAGCCUAUAGGAAAAUUUGAAAAGAAGAGAGAUAUAGUAGGCUUAUCUAGAACAGAAGAAAGUAGAGACUUCUCCUAUGUUGUCGAGGUCUUAACCGAAGCAGAAAAGAAAUUCGGCGAGCAGCAGCUUUGGAAAAGAUCUGAAAGGCGGCUUCUUUUCGAUCGUAUUAAUUUAGGUUUGUCAGAUAUUCUACAUCCAUAUUUAUACGUUCCAAUGUGGGAAACGCCUGUGUCAAGAAGAUUGAAUACUGAAUUGAGACAGGAUAUGAUUGAGGACAAGAUGUGGGGAUUGCUUGUUUCGCAAGAAAAGAAAGCUGGUAAGGAGUCAAUAGACGAUAUGCUUGGAGGGGAAAUUCGGUGGAUAGAAUUAGUUGAAGAUAUUGAAGGUUUUGUUAGAGAGGUAGUUAAUGUGUUAAUAGAGGAGCUUGUAGAUGAUAUAGUUAGGUUAGAGAAUUUUUGA